CACUCAAUUGGUUUACACAGUUUAUCGUUGCAAUGGAAGAUUCUGUAAUGCAACAGCACCUGCACCACUACCAACAGGCCACAGAGUCUGCCCGAGAGGAACUCGCAGCCCUCCAGGCCAAAUGUCAAAGUCUCCACUCACGGCUGAUGGAUUGUCAGGCCAAGCUUUCCACUCAGGAGACUACUAUGAAAGACCUAAGAGAGGAAAAUGACAGGCACAUGGAGACGGAGGCCAGACAGGCAUCUCUCAUCAGUUCCCUCAGGGAACGCAUUCACAACACAGAACAAGAAAUGAUCAUGAUUUCUUCCUCUAAAACCAUCAUGGAUAUGAAAUUGCAAGCACUUACCAAGGAAAAUGAAGAUUUUAAGGAAAGAGCAUUGAAAAUGGAAAAUCAGUCCAAGGAGUAUCUUAAAGAAUGGAACAAGACAAAGCAAGAUGCAACCGAUCUGCAGAGGACAUAUGAGGAUUUUUUAUCCAGACUAGCCAGCAAACUUUCAGUUGAUUUAGCUGUGAAUAUUAAACCAAUGGAGACAAUAAUCUCUUUGGUGGACCUGUGCUGCAAGGAGAGAGAAAGACAAAAGGCUCAUAUAUGUGCCCUAGAGCAGAGUAUGAAAUCCCAUGAGGUGGAAAGUAAAGCCGGCCGAGAAACAGUAAGAAGAUUAGUGACUGAUGUAGAACAUGAACAGAAAGUUUCAGCUAUCCGAGCAAGUGACCUGAACACUGUUAGACAGGAACUUGAUUGCAUACUGCUGAAGAAACAAGUCUUGGAAGUAGACAAUAUGAGCCUGAGGAACAAGCUGCAGGAAAACGAAAUUGCCCUGGUUACUGCUAGGGAGGAGUGUAGCUCUUACGAGAAGCGCUCUCAGGAUUUAGAGCAAAAACUCCAUAGGAGCCAAAAUGAAGCAAAGGCAUUACACAGUCGCAUGGAGUCCUUUUUCAAAGAAGUACAAGUUCAGCUUGGAAAUGAGCCUGUAACGUCUCUGCCUAAAGAAGAACAUGUUCUGGAGAGACUCAGAGAAGUCUGCAGAAAAGAGAAGAGCAGCACUGAGUCUGUAACUGAGAUGGAGGCGAGACUGGCUGCAGUGUUAGAGGAACUUGGCAGGCAGUCAGAACUGCAGAGAGCAGCAGAGCAGAGGGAGCAGCAGCUUCAGAACAACAUACAAAUGCUGGAGUCAGAACUGUUGACUGCACUGAUGAGCAAAGAUUUUCAGAGUCAUGAAAAACAAGAAUACUUGCAGUUUCUGGAGCAUCUUUCAGAGAAAAUGAAAAUUGAGCAACUAACCACAGAUCUGGGCUUUGACAUGCGACUCCAGGCCAUCCUGACACGUGCAGAACAACUGACCAGACAGGAGGGAGCAGCUUUAGUGGAAAAUAAGACUCUGGUUUACAGUCUUCAGAAAAAGUUAAAGGAGCAGAAGCAGCGCUUAGAAAAUAAUGACCUGCAUAUGGAUCUGCUACGGAAGAAGGUGGCCCAGCUGGAUGAAGAGAAGAGGAGUCGUUCAGCACUUGCUGUGGAGAGGGAAGAUGCUUUACUGGCCAGCAGAAAGCUGCAGAAGAAGGUGGAGCGGCUUCAGUCUGAGCUUAAAACCAUGCAGCUGUCCACAACUGAACUGAAGGCCCAGCUCUCUCACACCAGUGAGCUCAAGAUCAGAGUGAUGGAACAGGACAGAACCAUCGAAGAUCAGUCCAAGAGUCUGGAAAAACUGGAGAAAAACAAAGAGAAAGUGGAUACGAGACUUGCAACAGCGAAGAUAGCGCUUCAGAAUCAGGAGCAGAGAGCCAGGGAUGAAUUACAGCAAGCACAAAGACUGCUCCACAGCCAGGCCAGUGCCAUGGCAGAAGUCACCCAGAGAGAGAAGAAGCUGCUGGAUUUCUGUAGCAUCAUCGCUCAUAUGUUAGGAAUGAACAUGCCAGUCUCUAUGCCCAGUUGUGAGGUUAUCAAGAGGCUGGAGGUUCUUAUUCAUUCAUGUCAUCACUUUCCCCUGGGCAAUCAGUGUGUAGUGCCAUAUGUUCCGCACCACAUGGCACUAAUCCCAGAUGCUCCUGUAUGCUCCAUCACUAUAGCAAGCUCUCCAGGGCCUGAAGCACCAGUGCAACCUCCACUGCCCACUACAACUACAACCUGAGCAGCAAUGCAGCAGUCGUAUAUGUUAUUUACCAAACAUUACAGUAGAAAUGAUUUAAGAGCACUUGUAAUUAAUCAGGUU